AAUUUGUCGUAUUGAUUAUUUCGAUCAUUAUUCCUGUUUUACAAAACUGGGCCAGAUUUUAAUUUUUGGAAUAUGAUGAUGCAUAUCUACCAAUGUUUUUAUUCAUGUUGUAGUUGUAUGCCAAAUUAUAUAGGUAUCAUAUAGUUUUAGUUAUCUUUCUUUAGUGUUCUAGGGACAAUUAGAAAAUAAUUAAAAGCUAAAGAAUGGACUAUUGUUUUAUUAAAUUAGGAAUUACAAGAUUUUGGAUUUAAGAUUUAGUUUUAAACAUUGAAGUUUAGAUUUUAUGAUUAUUCUAAAUUUCAAAUUAAUAAUUUAACUUAUAUAAUGCAAGAUAUAUAUGGCUUAAUUAGUGUUGGAUCAAUUCACUGAUUUUAAAAAUACAGACUAUUUUGUUAAUGUUGCUGUAAACACAUAAAAGGCCUAUUUGUUUAAGAUUUCUGGUGUUUUGUUUACAAAACUAAAUUUUGCUAUUUGAGAAAAGGAGCUACAUUUUGUUAUCUAAAGUUUAAGAUGAUGGAUAUAUUUUAAAUUGUCCCUUUUUUUUUAAACACAUUUUUAUUUUAAAUUGUCCCUACAGUCACUUAUUACGACUGCAAAAUACAUCGAUUAGGAUGCAGCUACGUAACUAUGGAGGACCGAGGAUGUGGCAAAGGUCAUUUUUCGAGGAAGUGACAUGUGAAAACAACGGGAAACUGAAGAAAAAGGUAAAUAAAUGACCAAAAAGGUUGAUAAACGCACGUUAGAGGAAGAAAACCCAGAAGAAGAAGAAAAUGGUUAGUGAUGUUCUCUCGGAGCCACGAAGAUAGUUCACGUGAGACACUCUCUAAACAACAAUUUGAGACUUUGUGGCCAAAAUUUCUAACUCGUGAGUUAAUGUUACAACCAUAACUGAAGCAUUGAAGUUUUUAUAUUGGUUAAUGUUUAAUAUAUAUAUACGUGUAUAAGUUUCCAACAUGGAUAUGAUUUCUCGAUUGCAUACGAUUCUGCGUUUAUAUACGAGUCCAUAUUUGCUUGGAGAUCUUUAAAAUUAAUGUAUACCACAAAAGUAAUGGAAAAAGAUUGUGCCAUUACACUAAAAAAAAAAAGAUUGUGCCAUUUGUAACAUAUUUGUCUCAGAAGAGUAAAUGUCGCUAAUUGCAAACAAAAAAACAAGAAGUAACUACUUAAUCUAAAUUUGCAUACUAAGCAAAUAAAUAAUUGUACAUACUUGUUAGCAAAAAAAUAUGCUAUGGAUCAUUCUUAUAGAAGAUUAUGUCUCUAUGGUUUCAUAAAUUCGAUGCAUAAAUAUAGAAAUAGCAUCUUAUUCCCAAUUUGCUAUUUGAGCACCGACAACCCGGAGGUAGAUUGGGGGGCGUUUUGUGAUAACAAAUCAUAGAUAAUUGUGUAGGACAUACAAUUAAGAUCACUCAAUUUUCAUUGGACAAGGCUUUGAUUAGAUCAUAACUAUACUUAGUGUACGAUAUAUAUUUAGAUCAAUUAAUAACAGUAUUAGAAACAACAAAAUAAGCAAAUAAAUCCAAUAAACAAGCUUUUAUGAGUUGCUAAUCCGCAUAACAUCGAUUAGGCCAAAAUGCGAUGAAUAAUUAUUCAAGUGGGGAGUUUCUAUCCAUCUUGUCUUCAUCUUCAGAGAAGUGGAUGGGCCAUCCUUGGUAAUCUUGUUGUAAGUUGGAUCAACAUAAUGUGGGAAUCAGUAUGGCCAAUCAGUUGUCUCCACGUCAGAGUUUACAUUUCUUGUAGUCAAUCGUGGUCAUGCAACCCCCAACAAACAAGUCAUCAAAUGCCCAUCGAAGCAUCCAAUUCCGAAAGAAAACUCUAGAUUUGUAAAUGGUUUCCUGUUACCUGAGUAUGAUUCUUUACUAAUAAUAGUCAAAGGGUUUGGUUAGAAUAUUUCCUUAGACCAUGAUUAUCGCAUAAGCGAUCCUUAGGUUUUUGUUUUUUUUUCUUUCUUUUUUUUUUGUUUUCUUAAAAAAAAAAAAUUAAAAAUAAGCCAAUCGCGGGACGCCACGUGUCAGUGGGACCCGCAAACAGUGCCAAAACCUCCCCAAUUACCGAUCCUUAUUUGGUGAUUUCUGGAAGUGGUUUUUAAAAUUUUUGUGAGAUCCACGCGUCAGUGGGACCUACAUUUUGUCAAAAAACUCUCUAAGACCAUCCGCAACGGGGUCCGUGCGUGAUCCUUAGCGAGUCCGUGGCAUUAUUAAAAUAAUAUACGAGCCGAUAAAGGGAAGGAUUAGUCCGUAACUAAGGAUUAAACGGACUUGAUCCUUAGCGACGUGUCAUAACCUGAGUGGUCCGGUCGGUUUUCGUCUUUGCUCUAUCAAAAAAAAAUUAAAACAUUUGCGACCGAAGCGGAGAAAAAAAAUAGCUCUCGACGAAAAGCGAUUUGUGGCAAUUUCGAUCCGUCCCGAGACCAAGGUUUACGAAGAAUGGGACAAGAUUAUUCAUACAGCCAGCCUUCUUCAUCAGAUGAGUACGACAUAACCUCACUUAUUCAAGCUGAAGCUGAACUGUACGGGGAUGAAGCUGAGAGUAACUACCAUAUUGCUGAGCCGCUUCAGUACCAACCUCAACCCGAGUGUGACGAAGGAAUCCUGAGGAUAUGCUACUGUGAUGGUGACCCUGUUGUUGCAAUAUCUUCCACGGCUAAAGAUCCAGGCAGAAGGUACUUCACCUGCCCAAAUGUCGGUGAUGGGGACUGCCACAUUUGGAAAUGGUGGGACGUGCCUAUUACGGAGGAGAUGCGUGAGUUUCAGACACAACUUAGGCAGCUUAAGGAUCAAGGUUUUGAGUGUGAGCAGAAGCUGGUAAAGCUACAAAAGACUGUUUGUGAGUUAUCUAAGAAGAAAUUGGGGCUUAUUACAAAUGCCUUUGCAAUGGAAGUUUGUCUAGUGGUCUCUGCAGUAGUUUUUUUAGGUUUGGCGGUCAUGUAUAUGUCUGGUAAGUUACUCUCUUGUGCUUUUGGGUUGGUCUUUAUGCAUUUUUGUUAAAAAAAUUGUGACUGUUUGAUCUCAUGUUGUUACAGGAAGAGCUUCAAAGAAGUAAAAG